AUGAAUUCCAACGGUGACAAUAAUGAUAAUAACAUUAUUACUGCGCACGUGCAACCCUAUGACAUUAAUGAUGGAGUAAAUUCUGAAUGUUUAAUUACCCAUGUGAAUAAUAUGUCAUUAGGAAACCGUGAUCAACCGCCUUCUUACUAUUCUUCUCAAACAUCUUCGAGUAACAAUCAGGGAUAUAAUCCAAAUUUCGCACCUAACAACAAUAAUGGAUUUUCACCAAACUUCGCUCCUAAUAACAACAAUGGCCUUUCACCAAAUUUUUCACCUAAUAACAACAAUGGCCUUUCACCAAACUUUGCAGCUAAUAACAACAAUGGCCUUUCACCAAACUUCGCUCCUAAUAACAACAAUGGCCUUUCACCAAACUUUGCAGCUAAUAACAACAAUGGCCUUUCACCAAACUUUGCAGCUAAUAACAACAAUGGUCUUUCACCAAACUUUGCAUUUAAUAAUAAUAAUAAUGGUUUUUAUCAAGAGUAUCCACACAGACCACAAAUGUUACCACAGCAACAAAAUUUUAUGCCUAUGCAGAAUCAACAACAACAAGCUGCUGCUAACCAACCUAAUUUUGAAAU